AUGCCCGCACUGGUCUUGGGUUUCGACAGCAGCAGAGGUGUCUACCAACUGGAUGUCCAUCCGGCUGCUGAUCCUGAAAAGGUGCAGAUCCGGAUCCUGCACCAUGCUACACGAGUGACCUUGGGGCCUCGGGGCCUGGGUAGCCAGGUGCGGCCAUUGGCCAAUGCCACGGACGACUGCUUCAAAGGAGAUCAGCUGAUCACCUAA